AUGUUGCUCUCCGCGUUCGCCACAAUCCUUGUCGUUCUCCCAUUUACCUCAGCGGGUGUCCACAAACUAAAACUCAACAAGCUGCCACAAGUCUUGCCUGGUAAUGCGCUCGAGACUGCCUACCUCACCGAGAAAUACGGUGCACAGACUCAUAAUGAACAACUCCCUUUGAUGGGUGCUGGUGGCGCCGGACGUAACAUUCGUCCACCAGUCGAGCAAGAUAGUUUUGUCUGGGACCAGGAAUUCAUCAACGGCGGCCACAGUGUCCCCCUCACCAACUUCGUCAAUGCUCAGUAUUACACCGAGAUCGGGCUGGGUACUCCACCUCAAUUAUUCAAGGUUAUCCUCGACACGGGGUCAAGUAACCUCUGGGUCCCCGGCUCCAAGUGCAUAUCUGUUGCCUGCAAAUCUCAUGCCAAGUACGAUUCCAGCGCUUCCUCCACCUACAAGGCGAAUGGCUCUGAGUUCUCCAUCAAGUACGGCAGUGGUUCGAUGGCUGGCUACGUCUCCCAAGACAUCCUGCGCGUCGGAGACCUCUCUGUUCUUACCCAGGACUUUGCAGAGGCCACCAACGCGCCCGCUCUCUACGGCGCCAAAUUCGACGGUGUCCUCGGCCUUGCCUACAAUACCGUCGCCGUGAACCGCAUCGUUCCUCCUUUCUACAACAUGAUUGACCAAGGCAUCCUCAACGAGCCUGUCUUCUCCUUCCGCCUCGGUGACUCCGAAGCUGAUGGUGGUGAGGUCAUAUUUGGUGGUAUCGACGACAGUGCAUACACCGGUGACAUCACCUACGUCCCUGUGCGCCGUAAGGCAUACUGGGAAGUCGAGCUUCAGAAGGUCGUAUUUGGAGACGACGAGGUAACACUUAACGCGACAGGCGCUGCUAUUGACACUGGCACCUCCCUUAUUGGACUCCCCACCGACCUCGCGCAAAAGUUCAACACCAAAAUGGACGCCACCCGUUCCUCGAACGGUCAAUAUCAAGUCGACUGCGCCCGAAUCCCCUCCUUACCCGAACUAACGUUCUAUUUCGGCGACAAGCCUUACACACUGAAGGGAAGCGAUUACGUAGUAGCAGAGAAGGGGGGCAAGUGCAUAUCGUCGCUCAUCGGCAUGGAUAUCAAAUCCGCUGGAGGUUCAUUGUGGAUUAUUGGUGAUGCGUUUCUCCGUCGAUACUACACGGUUUACGAUCUCGGUCAGAAUGCUGUUGGGUUCGCCCAAGCUGUAUGA